AACUCCUCAGUUGUCAAAAUGGCGGGCGAAGGAUCAGCAAGUGUUAAUCCAAAGGCGGAAAUUGUUCGUGGACAAGCGUUUGAGGUUGGCCCUAGGUACACGAAUCUCGCCUACAUGGGAGAAGGUGCCUACGGAAUGGUUGUGUCUGCUUAUGAUAAUGUGACGAAGACGAAAGUAGCUAUUAAGAAAAUUUCGCCGUUCGAGCAUCAGACGUACAGCCAAAGGACUCUGAGGGAAAUCAAAAUACUCACGAGGUUUAAACAUGAAAAUAUCAUAGAUAUAAGGGAUAUUCUGCGGGCGCCAACAAUAGACCAAAUGAAGGACGUUUACAUUGUCCAAUGUCUGAUGGAGACAGAUCUGUACAAAUUGCUAAAAACCCAGGCAAUAAGCAAUGAUCACAUAUGUUACUUCCUUUACCAAAUAUUACGAGGAUUGAAGUACAUACAUUCGGCGAAUGUACUCCACAGAGACUUAAAACCGAGUAAUUUACUGUUGAAUACCACUUGUGACCUUAAAAUAUGUGACUUUGGCCUUGCCAGAGUCGCUGAUCCUGAUCACAAUCACGCUGGCUUCUUGACUGAGUACGUUGCGACAAGGUGGUACAGAGCACCCGAAAUCAUGUUGAAUUCCAAGGGGUAUACAAAGUCUAUUGACAUUUGGUCAGUCGGUUGUAUUCUCGCGGAGAUGCUGUCUAGACGAGCAAUAUUCCCUGGCAAGCAUUACUUAGACCAGUUAAAUCACAUUCUUGGAGUUCUCGGAUCGCCUUCACCCGAGGACCUUGAGUGCAUCAUAAAUGAGAAGGCACGAAGUUACCUCCAGUCAUUGCCGUACAAACCCAAGGUGCCAUGGACCUGUCUCUUCCCCAAUGCUGAUCCACGUGCACUCGAUUUACUCGAUAAAAUGCUGACGUUCAAUCCCAAUAAACGCAUUGUAGUCGAGGAUGCACUUGCACAUCCGUAUCUUGAACAGUAUUAUGAUCCUGCUGAUGAGCCCGUAGCGGAAGAGCCCUUCAAAUUCGACAUGGAGCUAGACGAUCUUCCAAAAGAAAUGCUGAAACAGUUGAUAUUUGAAGAGACAACUCAAUUUGCACGAAACCAAGAGAAUGCCAUGUAGUCGUACAUGCCACUUUCAUAACUGACGUGUAUCUACGACUCAGACACACCAAAGCGCAGAAUUAAUGAUCAACCCAGCCCAAAUAAGAGAAUAAAGGUUUAUCAUUAAUGAAAUCGCCGAAAUUCAUUAAGAUUAUUCAUAUGAACUUUUUAAAUGUUCGAAAUUCACUCUUGGACAGCUGUUGUGCUGUGGAGUUUCGAAUUAUCCAUCAGAUAAAUCUCUCAUUUCCCCAAAUUUAUUUUUUCAACUCAAGGAGAUACAGAAUAGAUUAACUCGAUAAUAAUUUUUGUUUGAUUCCUUUUUUUUCCCGAUAUAAAUUCAACGAUUGGAGAAAUUCAGUCGUUGACUCGUGCGCUGUCUGUGAUUUUUAUUGUAUAAAAGGAUUGAAAUGGGGAGAGAGUUUCAAUUUCAGUUUUAUUCCAUUAUCAGCCCUACCCCGCCCGCCCCUUUACCCCCUUCAAAAUUUUAGGUGAAAAUACUCUAGCUUUAGAAUUUUAACAAAUAACUGAAUGAUUUAAAUGGUGAGGAGAUAAAUCAUCUGUUUAUUGUCUCAAUGUGUGAAUACUUGUAACUUCGAUAAAUUCCUUUUUAAAUAAUUAAAAAAAAACGUAACGAAAAAUAAUACGAAAACACAAAAAAAGAGAAUUAAUAAUAAUCAUGAAUUUCUUCCAUUCCAUCUUUUCGAAUUUUUGUGUAAAUUAAUUCGUCCAGCGAUUCCUCAUUGUUAAAGUGCAUUUAAUCGUUUAAGGAAAAAUCAAGGAAAAUGGAUGAAAAAAAAAUAUUAUAAAUAUAUAUUGAUCAUCUCAGGCUAUUUAUCAACUCGUAACGGUUUUUUUCUGAGUAAACGAGACGAAAAAUAAUAGAACGCGCAUCCGUUCUUGUGUGUUGCAUUGGUAUGAGGAAAAAAAAAACGAGUUUUCAAGGUUUUUUUUAGAUUUGAUGGAGUUUAUCCGAGGUAAUGGAGGUAUAGGAAAAUGUCCACUUGACAUUUUCCUGCCGCAAACAACAGCUGUGAAUUUUACGCGGGGCAUUAAUCACCAUAUCAAUUGGUGGUGAUUAAUUAGCCGAUGAAGUGAUAGGACGUGGAGGAAAAAAAAUUAAUAUUGCGUUUAUCUCGGUGAUGAAGCUGUUUAGGAGGAAAUAGUGUACCACAUUUUUUGUAAGAAAUUUCAUUCUGUACAAAAAAAAAGUUGUACAGCGGCGCUUAAAUAUCGGGUCGACUGUUUACCUAAAAACUCCUCAAUCAAAAAACUACUUUGACUCAAAGAAUUGAAUGCGAAUAAAUUGAUAUAACUAAUUAUCGAAUAUCUUCUGGCCUAAUAUACUUAAACGUUAUGUAUGUGUAUUUGUUGUUGUUGCUGAAUUCAUAUCUCAAUAUCUCAAGCAUCAGAACCAAAAAUUGAACGGAGGAACUAAAAUCGACUUGAAAUAACAAAAAAAAAAGAUGAAAAAAAAUCAGAGUGUGAGACGUAGACUAGAUUCCAGUAAUUCCACGAGA